GUCUGAAGAGUCAUAGCGAAUCGAGGUGGUCGGAUUUCUGCUACUCAGCCUGUGGUAUCCUCGCGGAAGUAUUGACGUGUACACAGCAGUUUACACGAGAAGUGGCUAGUUUAGCUAGCUAGGUAGAGCCGGGUAGUGUCACAGCGGCCGUAUCAGAAUGUCAGAAGGGGACAGUGCUGGGGAGUCAAUCCAUGGGAAAACUUCUGUUGUGGCUGCCUUUUUCACACGAGUUGGACAGGUCUAUCAGUCAUGGCUAGACAAGUCAACACCAUUCUAUGCAAUGCGGUGGGCAGGAACUCUACUACUUACUCUUGUCUACAUGAUCAGAGUGUAUCUACUACAGGGUUGGUAUAUAGUAACAUAUGCUUUGGGAAUCUACCAUCUCAACCUGUUCAUUGCUUUUCUGUCGCCAAAAGUGGAUCCCUCACUGCUUGAAGAAGAUGAGGGCCCAUCCCUUCCCACCAAGCAGAACGAGGAGUUCCGCCCUUUCAUCAGGAGGUUGCCUGAAUUCAAAUUCUGGCAUUCAGCGACAAAAGGCAUCGUCAUCGCCAUGAUUUGCACAUUUUUUGAUGCCUUCAAUGUGCCAGUAUUCUGGCCUAUACUUGUAAUGUACUUCAUCAUGCUCUUUUGCAUCACCAUGAAGAGGCAGAUUAAAGAUAAACAGAGAGUCAUGGAAGCGGUGCACCGACUCAGCUCUGAAGAUGGGGGUCUUAAGCUUAACGGCUCAAUGGUGUCAAUUGACAAUGACUUCUCCACGGCGGUGCUGAAGAAGCCAAAGGCCUAUGAUGCAGUGACGCUGCUUUUACGGGAGCGGGGUAUACAGUACACCAUGUUCUUUCCGGCGACAGUCCAGGUGACACACAAUGGCUCGAGGAGGAGAUUCUCCACACCUGGACAGGUGCAGGAUUUCCUGGCUUCCCUACCUGAUUGA